GAGGGGAGAGGGGUGUGGUAAUCACUGUUUAAAACCAACAGCCCAUCUCCCUCUUCCUCACUGCAUCGCUCUCUCUUUCUCUGACUGUCCAACUCCUCGCACAACUUCGUCACCAUGUCACAGGUCCAGCAGUCUAUGGCAUUGCUCAUCUCAGCCUUCCACAAGUACUCUGGCAAGGAGGGCGACAAGACGACCCUGAGCAAGGGAGAACUCAAAGAUCUGCUCAACGCAGAGCUUGGAGAUGUCAUGGGGAAAAACACUGACCAGGCAAAGGUUGACAAGAUCUUCAAAGAUCUGGACGCAAACGCAGAUGGCAGUGUGGACUUCCAGGAGUACGUCACACUGGUGGCCUGCCUCACCAUGAUGUGCAAUGAGUUCUUCACCAAGAAGUGAAACAGCUCCCCCUGCCCACUCUCCACAGAACAGCAGCUCUUGCUCCAUGAGUGAAUUCAUGAUAAGAUUAGCAAGAUCCUCAAUGCAGGUUCAGAGAGUCAGAGAUGCAGGUUUACACACAUACACAGAAAAAGGGUUGGGUUGGUUAUACACACCACACAUAGACAGACAUUGGUGAAGGACACAGACACUGACCUGAACACAUGCAGACAUAUAGGCUACAAUCUCAUGAGAUGGAGAGGAAGCUCUUUGGUUUGUUUAAAGUGAAAAAUGAAAUAAACUAUUUUAAUAUGUUUGGAAGAAA